UUUCUAUUUGGCCCCCUCGAAAAUCUCCAAAUUAUAUAACGCACCUUCCCCGUCCCUCUCCGGCCCCGGCCGGGUGCGAAACCUCGCUCUCGCCGGGCAAAGUUUUCACCUGAAAAGAAAAAAAAAGGGAGUAAAACGUAAUUAGAGAUAAAAGGAAGGGUCUGAAUAGAAUAUUUGGGGGAAGCGGUCUUGCUUGCUUGCUUGCUUGCGAUGAAGGGGAGAGGGAUGGGCAUCGAGGGAUUGGAAGCUCUCGCACGGCACGGAUCCCGAGGAGGUGGCUUCGCCCUCUCUCUCCGGCUCUCUCCUUGCCUUAUGGCGUAAUCUAUUCCCUCUCCGGUCGCCUCCUUUAAAUCAUCGCGCUGUUGGGUUGUUCUCCUGUGCGAUUUCGUGGAGUUUUUCGUUGAGUUUUGGGGGAUUGCAAGCACGAUCUGUGGACCGGGACUUUGUAGGAUGCCAUCAGAGGUUGUGGAUCAGAGGCGAUUGACCUCUUUCUCGUUGUCAUCCCCACAAUCAUCGUUCUUUUCUGAAGAAGUUCGCUUCCCUGCCCAGCGACGAAUUGGGUUUUGGAAAACUGAUUCGUCUCCUGAUCAUCAUGAUGGGAUACCAUUAAUGUCAGAAAGUCAGGCAGUUUCUUCAUCACCAAUGGAGAGACUCACUCCUGUAGGGGAAAAUACUAAGGAAUCAUUGGAACCUCCGCAGGCCCUUGUUUUCAAAGAACAAAAAUCUAAGCUUAAUCUUGAGCACCAUAUUGUGGGAGCAGAGAGGGCUUCUAGUCUCUCCGUCACUUCUUGGAGAGCACCUGACCGGAAUUUCCAUUUUCAAUCUAAUCGACCUGUUGAACCUGAACCACUGUAUAUGGAGGGGAAUAAAGUUGAUAUGAACAGGGUUCAUCAUGAGCAUGUUCUCUUCUCAAGUUCACUGCCAGCUAUGUUUAACAAAAAAUUGAAAUUAACAUCAGAUGAUGCUCCUUUUGGGCAAUCCAACGCUAGUGUUCAUUCUAUCUAUGAGGAAGAUGAGCCGUUUGAGUCUUUGGAAGAACUUGAAGCCCAAACUAUUGGAAACCUCCUUCCCAAUGAUGAUGAUGAUUUGCUAUCUGGAGUGAUAGAUGACCUUAAUUUUCUACCUCGCUCUGCUAAUGGUGAUGAAGUUGAAGAUGAUAUUUUUUGCAGUGUUGGCGGUCUUGAACUAGAAGUGGAUGAUAAAAAUGGUUGCUAUAGAUCAUCCGAAAUUGUUGGUGGGGAGAAUGUGAAUGAUCAGGAUGGAGGAUUGAGUAGCCGAUUGGCUGGUGAGCAUCCAAAUGGGGAACACCCCUCUAGAACUCUUUUUGUAAGGAACAUCAAUAGCAAUGUUGAGGACUCUGAACUAAGGGCUCUUUUUGAGCAAUAUGGAGAUAUUUCCACACUAUACACAACAUGCAAGCACCGUGGUUUUGUUAUGAUCUCGUACUAUGACAUAAGGGCUGCAAGGAACGCAAUGGUGGCUCUUCAAAACAAGCCAUUGGGACAUAGGAAGCUUGAUAUUCAUUUUUCAAUUCCAAAGGACAAUCCUUCGGGGAGAGAUCUUGAUCAGGGCACAGUAGUUGUAUUCAAUCUUGAUUCUUCUGUUUCUAGUGAUGAUCUUCAGCAAAUUUUUGCUGUUUAUGGGGAAAUCAAAGCAAUCCGAGCAACACCUGACAAACAACACAAGAUCAUAGAAUUUUAUGAUGUUAGAGCUGCUGAGGCUGCUCUCUGUGCUUUAAACAUGAGUAACACGAGAGGUGAGAGCAUUAAGCUAGAAGUCACAAAGCCUGGAGGUGCAAGAUGGAGCUUAAUGCAGCAGUUUCCUUCUGAUGGCAAGCAAAAAGAAUCCAGUGGUUGUAGAAUGGGAAGCCCAUCAAACAGUUCUCCAUCAGUGAGUAAUGGUUUGUUUCCCCGUGAGGGAGCUAUGCAGAGUUUGCAUUCAGCUAUCCGAGGACCAUUUAGUCCUUUUAUGGAAACAGAUUUGAAAGGAAUCUCUUCGGGCAUGCAUCAUAUUGUCUCCUCUCCUGUCAGAAUUGCAUCAGUGGGCAAUCAUAGUAAUCAGUCUGGCCCAGCUGAAGUUACCCAUUCAAUGGGACAGCAGAACUUAUGCAGUCCUUCAUUCCACCCUAAUUCUCUUCCAGAGUUUCAUAACGGGCAUGCGGGCAGCCUCCCUUAUAUUAAUUCCAGACCUGGUGAUGGAAUUGAGAACAUACAUUUUAUGAGAGUUGACUCUAGCAGCGUCAACAGCCAUGGUUUUGAGCAUAAUGAGGCAUUUGGUGCUCCAGCAAACGGCAGUUGUCCUCUUCAUGGCCAUCAAUUUGUUUGGAACAAUGCUAAUGCGUAUCACAGUCACCGAUCUGGUCCCAUGAUGUGGCCGAAUUCUGCGCCAUUUAUGAGCAGUAUCUCUGCUCACCCCCCAACUCAGAUGCAUGGACUUCCUAGAGCACCUUCCCCUAUGAUGAACUCAGUUCUUCCACUGCACCACCACCAUCAUGUCGGUUCUGCACCAGCUGUAAAUCCUUCACUUUGGGAGAGACGACAUACCUAUGUUGGUGAUUCCAUUGAACCAUCUGCUUUUCACCCUGGAUCGCUUGGAAGCAUGGGUUUUUCUGGUGGUUCUCCUUUGCACCCGAUGGAACUUGCCCACAAUAUAUUUCAGCAUGCCGGAGGAAAUUGUAUGGAUCAUCCAAUGCCCCUUGCGCACAUUGGAAUUCCAUCACCUCAACAGAGGUGUCAUAUGUUCCAUGGAAGGAGUCCCAUGGUCCCAAUGCCUGCUCCAUAUGAUGCUCCAAGUGAUAGGGUAAGAACUCGAAGAACCGAAACAAGUGCCAGCCAGGCUGAUAUGAAAAAACAAUAUGAACUUGAUAUUGAUCGUGUUUUUCGUGGGGAUGAUUCACGCACUACGCUAAUGAUUAAGAAUAUACCAAACAAGUACACCUCAAAGAUGCUACUGGCUGCUAUUGAUGAAAAUCAUCGAGGAACCUAUGAUUUCAUCUAUUUGCCUAUAGAUUUCAAGAACAAAUGCAAUGUGGGCUAUGCUUUUAUCAACUUGACUGAUCCUCAACAUAUCAUUCCGUUCUCCAAGACAUUUAAUGGAAAGAAGUGGGAGAAGUUCAACAGCGAAAAGGUAGCCUCACUUGCAUAUGCAAGAAUCCAGGGUAAAUCAGCUCUUAUCGCCCAUUUUCAGAAUUCGAGUUUGAUGAAUGAGGAUAAACGCUGUCGUCCGAUUCUUUUCCAUUCAGAUGGCCCAAAUGCAGGAGAUCAGGAGCCAUUUCCGAUGGGUGUGAACAUUCGUUCGAGACCAAGUAGAUCAAGAACUCCAAUCCAUGAAAACCAUGAGGAAAGCCCAUCACACUCACCACAAGGCGAAGAAUCAUCCGACAGAAUAGACUCUUCUUCCGGUCCUUCCAAAGACACAUAGUGAUGAUCCAAAGGACCCUAGUCACUAACCCUGAACUGAAAGAACUUUAACACAUUCCCAUCAUUUGAAUUUCCCCAUUUCCGUUUCAUUCCUAUAUAUAUAUAUAUAUAUCCUAAUCGUGUACUCCUAAUGCUGAUACAAAAGCUUCGGUGUCGCCUCUUGGUUAUCUCUGAGCUCUGCAGAUUCUAUGAAAAUGAAAAUGUAUCAGAGGCUAAUGUUGUCGCUAUGAAUGGGUGGAGUCGAGAUUUUGGAUGAAUAUGUAAGAAACAACAAAAAGACAUAAAAAAAAAAGUGUACAGGAGCUCCCGAGUUCGCAGCUGAUGAUGUAUGGUUUGCGAAGUCCGUCGUAUGCUGUUAAUUACUUCAUUGUAUUUUCGCUUGUUUGGUCAUCUCAUCGAUCGAUCUUUUUAUCGAUUGUGAGUAUUUAUGGAGGCCCCAUGGAGGGGGUUUUGUUCAAGGUAUUGUUGAUGGUGCCCUGUGUUUGGGUUGUAGAACAUCUAUUUAUUGUUGUAAUUUAUGAAUUUUGGGGGUGUUCUGUGUCAACUGAUCUUUGUUGUUGCCUCUGUUUUAUGGUCUGUAUUAUCACUUUUCAAACAUACCAAUCAUUUUAUGAUGUUGUGGAGAUUUAA